AUAAAAAACAUAUCUUUUUCAUAAAAAAUGAAUAAAAAUUACAUCUUUACAAAAAAAGAGAAAAAGUUCAAUCUUUGAAAGUGUCAAACAAGUUUAGACAAGAAGUCAGAGACAAUAAUCUCUGCCAUUUUUAAGUGUAAUAAAGAAAAGCUUCAAGCUUCAAAGCUAAGGUGGGUUAUGGCUGAUUCCAAGGUUGAGACCAUAUCUCGCUUAGCUCAAUGGAGGAUCGACAAUUUCGGACCUUGCUCAUACAAAAAAUCAGACCCAUUUAAGGUUGGCUUAUGGAACUGGCAUUUGUCUGUGGAGAAGAAUCGUUACAUGUACAUUCGUUUAUUUCCAGAACCUUCUAGACUCUCCAAAGAUCAACCUCCACUUGCUCGCUUUGUUCUCAAAGUCUCCAAUUCAGCUGGUUCUCGCAGACCUUACAUCUCUCCUGUUCAUGAGAGGCUGCUACGAAAUUACGACGACUUUGUUUGGCCUGUAGAUACCACAUUUGUUGGUCGAUUUAUCAUCGAUGUUGAGUUUCUUGAUUUGAAGAUAUGCUCCGUAAAUGGAGGUGAGGCUAGUUCUACUUCUAUAUGGCCAAUCGACGGAACAAUAAUGCAAUCACUAUCAAUGCAAAACACACUUCGAUGCCUUUCGAGGAUGCUCGAUGAAUCAAUCCAUACUGAUGUAACAAUCCACGCUGUCGGUGGCACAUUAAGUGCUCACAAGGCGAUUUUGUCAGCGAGUUCUCCCGUCUUCCAUAGCAUGUUUCAUCACAACCUAAUGGAGAAAGAGUCCUCAACGAUUCAUAUCGAAGACAUGUCGGUGGAUUCUUGUAUGGCCCUUCUCAGCUACUUGUACGGAACCAUUAAACAAAUGGACUUUUGGGAGCAUCGUGUGGCACUCCUUGGAGCUGCAAGCAAAUACGAUAUUGCAGACCUUCAAGAUGCUUGCGAGGAGAGUCUUAUGGAAGAUAUCAACUCGGGUAAUGUCCUGAAGAGGCUUGAAGAGGCCUGGCUUUACCAGCUGAAGAAACUUAAGAAAGGGUGUUUUAUGUACUUGUUCGAGUUCGGGAAAAUAUAUGAUAUUAGAGAGGAAGUAAACGAGUUUAUGAGGUGCGCUGAUAGGGAACUUAUGAUUGAGAUGUUUCAAGAGUUGCUUACUGUUUGGAAGCCUCCUUAAUAACCGAAACAAAUGUAUAUUUGUUAUGGUGUAUAUUUUUACUGUAUAUCUUUAACUUGUUUGAACCAUGAAAACUUUGUUGGAGCCAUAACUAUGUAAUAUAUUGGCAAUAUUAUUUAAAAGAAAAGAAAA